CAGGUCGCAUGUCUUGAUUUCCGCGACAAGAUACCUAUCCAGUUUUUCGCGGGCGAUUUCUGAGCGAGUUAGAGCUUUCAGGCGGUACUUGUUUUCGGGCCUCACGUGCCUUUUCCCUGGACAGUCCUGCUCAAUUUAGGUUUCGAACAGCGUAGCUGGCUAGCCGUGCUUGAUUCCCGCCAUGGACAUUUUAUCUCGACAGUACGGCAGCGACGAGGAUGGAGGGGAGGAUUCUCCGCGAGAGAAAUCCGCGUUAACAGCUUCUCCGCCUCGGGAAAAGCAUGCCUUUGGUACCCGUGCUGAUGCAACCCUAGCCGGCUCUGCUGGGGCUACUUCUGGUAACCCGGCUUCAAGGAAUCCUCAGGAAGAUGACGAUAACGAUAGCGAUGACGACAAUAUGGCCUACAGGAUCCUCGCUCCCCCAAGCUCCGCCGCUCCUCCAGUCAGCGACGCUUUACUCGCUACAAUCCCACGCGAUAUAAUGACAGCGCCGAUCGACCCGUCUAAGCGGAAUCUUCAGUUCAAUCCGACCUACGAUCAGCUGUGGACUCCUGUAGUGGGUCCCGCGCAUCCUCAUAACGCGGAUGGCCGCGCGUUAGGGUUACGAAACCACCGGCUGGGAUCCGUCCAAGACGCAGCGGUGGACUCUUUUGUCUUCGACGAACAGUACCACACGUUCCAGGCGUACGGCUACAGUGUUGACCCUGCAAGUGUAAACGGGGGCGAGGUCGUGGGUGAUAAAAAAGCAGUUGACAAUAAGGGGGGUGCUACAGUGUUUAAUGUGUCGAAACAGGAGCGGGAAAAGCGGGCUCUGGAGGUGAAAGAGGAGGAGAGGAGGAAGAAGGAGGUCGAGAAGGAGAGGAAGGAGGAGGAGAGGAAGCGAAAGGAAGAGAAGAAGAGGAGGAAGGAGGAGGAGAAAGCGAAGAAGGCUGGGAAGAAGAAGAAGCGGAAGGGGGGAGGUGGUGGGGAGGCGCAGGAGGGAGAGGAAGGGGGAGGUGGAGAGGGGGAGAUGAAUAAACGAGGACGGAAAGGGAAGGCAGUGGAGCAAGAGGAGGAGGAGUGUGAGGGAGGUGCAAAGAAGAGCAGUGAGGAGGAGAGAGAAGGGGCGGAAGAGGAAGCGGAAGAGGAGGAGAGCGAGGAAGAGGAGGAGGAGGAGGAAGAGGAGGAGGAGAGUGAGGAGAGUGAAGAGGAGGAAGAAGAAGAAGAAGAAGAGGAGGCAGUGGAGGAGGAAAUAGCCAACCCUGCGUCGGACUCAUGGCUUCGAAAAAGCUCCAAAUCACCCUGGGCAGGCAAAAAAGAGGAACCCAAGGCCGAGCUGACCGAGGAACAAAAGAAAUACGCGGAGGAGCAUGCCCUAAAAAAAGCCAAGAAGGAGAGGGGGGAUAAGGAGGAGGUGGAGGAGAAGAGUACGUUCCAUGGGAAGCAAGAGAAGGACUAUCAGGGCCGGUCUUGGAUUGCGCCUCCUAAGGACGUCCUUAAUCCCGUGCCGCCGACCCAUUGCUACAUCCCCAAGCGGUGGAUUCACACGUGGAGUGGGCACACUAAGGGCGUCAGCGCCAUCCGGUUCUUCCCCAAGUACGGCCAUCUGCUGCUAUCCGCCUCGAUGGACACCAAGAUUAAGAUCUGGGACGUGCCAAAUACACAGAAGUGCAUGCGCACGUACAUGGGCCACUCCAAGGCUGUACGCGAUAUAUGUUUCGCGAACGACGGGCUAAAGUUCGUGUCGUGCGCCUACGACCGAAACAUCAAGCUCUGGGACACCGAAACCGGGCAGGUCACGGGGACGUUUUCCACGGGUAAAAUACCCUACGUCGUGAAGUUACACCCGGAUGACGACAAGCAGAACAUUCUGCUGGCGGGGAUGAGCGACAAGAAAAUCAUGCAGUGGGACACGCGGUCAGGGGAAAUUACCCAGGAAUAUGACCAGCAUUUGGGGGCGGUCAACACGAUCACCUUUUUGGAUGACAACCGGCGGUUCGUGACGAGCAGUGAUGACAAGUCGCUUCGCGUGUGGGAGUUUGGCAUUCCAGUGGUCGUCAAAUACAUCAGCGAGCCGCACAUGCACUCCAUGCCAGCCAUUGCCGUCCACCCCAACAAGGCGUGGGUGGCAGCCCAGUCCCUGGACAACCAGAUCAUCGUGUAUGGCGCCAAGGACCGGUUCAGGCUGAACAGGAAGAAGCGAUUCGCAGGGCACAUCAUUGCGGGCUACGCCUGCCAGGUCAACUUCUCCCCGGACGGGCGGUUCAUAAUGUCGGGGGAUGGCGAGGGCAAGCUGUGGUUCUGGGACUGGAAGACCUGCAAGGUGUUCCGCACCGUCAAGUGCCACGACUCUGUGUGCAUUGGCUGCGAGUGGCACCCGCUCGAGACAAGCAAGGUGGCCACAUGCGGCUGGGACGGCCUUAUCAAGUACUGGGACUGAAGGGGAUGGUUGGUUGGCUACCCAUUCUUGGAGCAGCAGGGUUGGGAUCUUCUGGAGGCCAACUUCUUUAGGGCGUGUUCCUACAGCCCCGCAAUAGGCCCACCUCAUGUCAAACUCUCAGCGGUUUCAGUUUUGCAAGCACCGGAUUUUGAGUGUGUUUUGGCAUGCUUAUGGUGUUGUGGUGGUGACAUCGAUGGACUAGAAUUACCUGCAAGCAGCAAACCUUCUAACGUACGCCACUUCAUUUACCCACAUGCCAAACUACUUCCAUUGCACUGGUUAAGCUCCGCGUCCUUCCAAGUCCCCUC